UGCGCAACUCUUCCUCACCCUCCCAUUCAUAAAAACUCAACGCCCUCCCCUUUUUCCCCCUUUUUUUGAGGAGAUUGCAACAUCACAUCCAAAGCUGCUCGUCCACAACCGCAGUCGCCUUCUUACGCACCACCAAGCUUGGAGGAUAGACCUCUCUCCUACGUUAAACCUCCUUGAUUUCUGUAUUCCCGUCUUUAUUGGACUUAACACUUUUUGGGAGCUACUCAGCACACGACUGGGAAUAAUACAGCAUAUAUAGAUGACGUGUUGCGCAACGAUGAUGAUGACGUUUUUAUCCUGAAAGCAUCUUGUGCUAAAUGCUGCUUUAGAGUGACGAGUGCCAGGCACCAGCCUACAGAUGGAGUCCAGGGUUCCCCACCACAUCCCCGGAGUGUCCUCCUCCAUCAUAUCCCAGCCCCUGCUGGACAGUCGAGUGCCCUACGGCCGCCUGCAGCACCCCCUCACCAUCUACCCCAUCGAUCAGAUCAAGUCCUCGCAUGUGGAGAACGACUACAUCGACAGCCCCGCCAUCGUCUCCCAGCAGCCCCCGAGUCAGAAGGCACUGAGCAGAAGGUCCAAAUGUCCUGGUCAUGAGGGGUUCGUGGGCGCCAACCACAACAACCAUCAUAAUCACCAGCACCAUCACCAUCACCAGGGUAGGUGCGAGCCUCACCACGACACCACCACCCACCCUUGGAUCUCCUUCAGCGGGAGGCCCAGCUCAAUCAGCAGCAGUAGCAGCACAUCGUCGGACCAGAGGCUGCUGGACCACGCAGCGCCCACCCCGACCGUGGACCACCACCCUAACCUGCACCCCCACCAGGGCCUUGUCAACACAAUCACCACUCGAACUCCUGGCUGCUUGGCUCCCUCUGAACCUAAAGUCGUAACCUCCUCGUCCUCCUCUCCUGCUUCCUCCUGCACCUCCUCGUCUAAAUUGCUGGACCUCAAGUCUGGGAAACUUCCUGCAGGAGGCCAGCAGGGGUCGGCGCUGAUCCCGUCCUCCCCAGCUGAGAAGAAGCACCUCCUCCUCUGCGAACACUGCGGCAAGUGCCGAUGCACCGAGUGUACCCUUCCGCGGACCCUGCCCUCCUGCUGGGUGUGCAACCAGGAGUGCCUGUGCUCCGCUCAGAGCCUGGUGGAUGCAGCCACUUGCAUGUGCCUGGUCAAGGGGAUCUUCUACCACUGCACGGAGGACGAGGACGAUGAGGGCUCGUGCGCAGACAAGCCCUGCUCCUGCUCGCAGGCCAACUGCUGCGCACGCUGGUCCUUCAUGGCCGCCCUCUCUGUCGUCCUGCCUUGUCUGGUGUGCUACCUGCCGGCCACUGGCUUGGCGAAAUUGGGACAGAAGUGCUACGACAAUGUCAGCAGGCCCGGCUGCCGGUGCAAGAACUUGCAAGGUGUCAUCCCGGUGUGUAAAAACGGAGGCACGGAAGCGAAAGUGGGGACACUUGAGAAGCAGCCGCAACGGGGUUCAUGAUACCACAACGUCCUGUCAGGCGUUGCUAAAAAGACAAACUGGACAGCACCACAGUACUUGUUCAAUCUCUAGGGACCCCUUAACCAACCACAAUAAUCUGCUGGAAGAUGUAAUACAAAAAAGGUACUUAUAAUAGCUUCUUGACCUGUGUUCUGAAAGGCUGGGUGAUCAAAACGGGCCUGACCAGAGAGGGUCGACAAGCUCUUGUAGACGUCGUCUGUUAAAGGGAAACCACCUCGGGUCCGGAGUUUGGCUUGUUUUGAGAGGACGACUGAUGGCACAAAGUCAGCUCGUUUUGUGACUAACCGUAAACUGGUUCACUGAUUGUGGGAUAAUAUAUGAAAUAUAUAAGUUAAACUGCAGAGCUAAAUAUCUAUCCACUCCUUCCUUUCCCCCCAUAAGCACAGCCCCUCUACCUGAUUAUGAACACCUAUGGUUGAAAUAUGCUAGCUUGGGAAUGGUAACGACCCAUCCGUCGCCACAGAUCAUUUGAACGAGCGAGACUCUGACGGUUGAUUGUGGAUCAGUUCCGAGGUAGUGCAUGUCAUGACCUGCAUGCUCCACUGUGCUAGAAGUAAGUCAAUGUGUUGUAGAGAAAUGUCUUUUCAAACAACAAAAAAUUAGACGCAAACCUUCUCAGGGACUGUCCUCUUUAGAGUCUGCUGCGUUCGCAGGUUGCUUGAGAAGCCGGGAAUGUUCGAGGCAGGGCUUCAACGGGGUUGAAGGAAGAAAAACACGGCUGAUGACCGCGAUGAACUAGUAAUCUCGUAUCACCAAAUCCCCGUGAAGUUGGUUGACUUUUGCAGUUGGUUCUCGGAAAUUUCCUACUUCUCAGUGUUCUUGCACGCAGCGGAGAAACUGCCGAAGAACCCGAUCUAUUUCCUCUUUGCACAGAAAUAGGGCAAAGGAACUAUCCGGGGCGAAAAGGCAACAUCGAAAACUCAUACGAGGGUUAAGCUAGCCUUUCCCCCUGGAAACGAGGCAGGGUUUACGUGUUCAGUGCGGAAGCUGCCUCGGCCCCUUGCACAACUUUUUUUAGGUCGACGCUAGCCCUUAAAGAUCGUACUAAAGCACAGUAUUGAGGUAGUAUGUGCGCUACUUUUAGAGUGUCUUCGUCGUCAUCAUUAGAGCCGCGUUUUUAUUCCGAAAAGUCUUAUUUUUGUGGCUUGCAUGAGGACUUUUUUUCUUGUUUUUUUUUUUGCCAAAGGAAGCGAGCUUACAGUCGUACAGUACGUAGUCGCAGUCCGAGGGGGGCGAUUGUGAUGCGCUCUGUUGGUUUUUCUCCCCAAAAAAAUAACAGAAAAAAGCAUGCUGCCCUUUAAUACCGAAGGCCUUUUGUGUUUGUAGCUUAAAAAUGGGGGGGGGGGUCUGUCGUUGUUGCGCUCCAUGUUCGCCCUCGAGUUGCGCUAGCAUUUGUCCGCUUGCACAAAGCUGAUUACACACUGUCUUUAGCCUCGAUUGAAUGUAAGCGGCAAUAUUCGAAAGAGCGGGAAAAGGUGCCAAAAAGCGGAAGAGCAGCCAGGCUUGUAUGAGCAAAGUAUAUAUUUAGUAAUAGAUGCUAUGCAGGUUGUCAUUCGCUGUAAAUACUUUCACAUUUGUGUUCUUGAGAGGAGAACACGUCCUGGAAGGUUGCAUGGUACACUAUAAUAACUACCAUUAAAAGAGAAUAUAUUAGAUAUCUAUUUUUCAGCUUGAGUGGAACGAAGGGAAACACUUGAUUUAAAACAAAAACAAGUGUGCCCGGCAAUAAAAAGAAAAAAAACCUUGAUUUAAAAAGUGAACAGCUCCAAGUUUGACUAGCAGGCUAAGCUAAUUCCCUCCGCGGCGCACGGAGGGAACACAAUCCACCCGUGUCCGGAUCGACCCAUUUCCUGUUGCUCCGUUUCUUUCGCUCUUGACUGACAAACACAGCUGCCGCGCAUACAUUUGUGUCACAGCUCGAGGCUGCGUUGCCGCCUGUUUCGCCUCGUCUGCUGCCGGUUUUCCAGUCUUUUUCUCCCCUUCGCAUACUUUUUCCACGUGCCCAGUGCAGCAUAAUCCUCAACAGUUCCGUGAUUGUGCUUUUUUUUUUUUUCCUUCUCUGCCAAUGCUGUGACCCCUCUGCACACGCUCCACCGCCACCGCCACCGCCACCUGCGUCGCUCACUUGACGCUCCUCAAUCCUCAAAUCCCAUUUUUAGCUGAACGACGCUACUCCGUUCCUUUAUGCCUUUGCAAAUGUUUUGGGGGAGCGAAUAAAACUGUGCUUUUUUUUUUUUUUUUUUUUAGAUAUAAUGGAAAGGAAAGGAAAAAAAAAGCUCUCAUAUAAAAGUUUCCCUUUAUAGAUAUAUUUAUUUUGAAGUUCUAUUUUAUAUAGUAUUUAUUUAGAUUGCCAACUUUCUGUUUGUGAAGAAAGCCUAUGUUGAAAUGGAAUGUACAACGACAAUGGAAAUAUAUAUUGUUAAAUAUAACUCACUGAUGUGUUGUGUCUUUUGUGACCGGGUGCUUCGUAUAACGCACAACAUCAACAAA